AGGGGUGGGGGUGGAAGUGGGAACAGGGAGACUGAGUGGUUAGGUGACAGGGUAGGAAGAAUACUCCCUAUUGCGUGUUCUUUGUGUCUUUUGAAUUUCAAACCAUAUGAAUCUUAUCUACUCAAAAAUUAAAUGCAAGAAAUUAAAAAAACAAAUAAAUAAGGCCCAAAGGUACUUUCCUCUUCUAUGUACUCUUAAAUUUUCCUUGAUUGUGAAGACGUUCAAAACUUAAAUGACAUAUAGUCCCACCUUAAGGAAAUCAUAGAAUAAAAGCCAGGAUUGGAAAUAUUACUAUGAAUUCAUAUAAACAUAAUUUUUAGUGUAAUUAGUAGAACUAGUAAACACAUAGUUAAGAUCUCUCUAAGCAUUCCUUUAUUAAACUAUCUUAAAUGGGUUUCUAGGUGAAGUCAGAUUUCUUGCAUGACAUUGUAAAGAACAAAAAUACAUUUUACAGGUAAGAAAGCAAAGAGAAGUACUUUGUUUACUCAUUAAAUAAAAGCAUCGUGAAUACCGAAUAUUUUAAUUCCCGCUUCAAUAUGCUCUUCAGAUCACCGUAGAUAUAGUUCUCUCAGUUCUCAACAAAUUUGUGUGCUAUUUGUACUGCAUUUAGGCAGACGAAUGAUAUUAACCCUGUAGAAGCAUUUAUUUUCCCUGCUGUAUUGAAGGAACACAAACAGGAAGAAAAUAGCUUGGAAAAUGAACUAAUUAAAAAGAACAAAACUGGGUUAGACACGGUAAGGUUGAGAGAUACAUAAAUUAUGAUUUUCAAGAACAUUAGGGGUUAAUGUGGCCCAUGGUAUUGACAUGCCAUUGCACGCACACACACACACACACACACAUCAUAUAUAUAUGUCUAAAACCUGUUCAUAGUGGGCAAAUUUGAAAUAUAUACAUAUGUAUAUAUAUAUAAUCUGUUCAUUGUAGGCAAAUUUGAAAAAGUAUCAAUAGAUCGUCCAAAUAUUUUUUAGGUGAGUUUUGGACAAAGGUUAGAAAAGCCUUUCAUCUCCUUGCCAAGUUUCAAAUUAAUGAGUAGACUCAUUUUGUAAGAUAGUACGUGAAAAGUUCAGAAGACAAAGAGACAAGUAUCAUUCAGAAGGAUUUUUCAAAAAAGCUCACUCAUUUUGGAGGAGUUGAGAAGAAUUAAACAAAAAGAGGUCUGUUUCCAUGGUUUCAGGGGACAUUUAAGUCAAUCGGGAUAAUAAAAUCUAUUAACAAAACAUUCUGCAUCCCACUUUGAAGCGUGGCAUCUGGGGUCUUAAAUGCUAGCAAGCAGCCAUCUAAGAUGCAUCAAUUGGUCUCAACCCACCUGGAUCAAAGGUGAAUGAAGAACACCAAGGACACAAGGUGAUUAUAAGCCCAACAGACAGAAAGCGCCACAUGAACCAGCGACUACAUCAUCCUGAGACCAGAAGAACUAGAUGGUGCCCGGCUACAACCGAUGACUGCUUUGUCAGGGAACACAACAGAGAACCCUUGAGGGAGCAGGAGAACAGUGGGAUGCAGACCCCAAAUUCUCAUAAGACCAGACUUAAUGGUCUGACUGAGACUGGAAGGACCCCGGUGGUCAUGGCCCCCAGAUCUUCUGUUGGCCCAGGACAGGAACCAUUCCUGAAGCAAACUCUUCAGACAUGGAUUGGACUGGACAAUGGGUUGGAGAGGGAUACUGGUGAGGAGUGAGUUUCUUGGAUGAGGUGGACACUUAAGGCUAUGUUGGCAUCUCCUGCCUGGAGGGGAGAUGAGAGGGUGGAGGGGGUUAGAAGCUGACGAAAAGGACACGAAAAGAGAGAGUGGAGGGAGAGAGCAGGCUGUGUCAUUAGGGGAAGAGUAACUGGGAGGUGUAGCAAGGUGUAUAUGGGUUUUUGGGUGAAAGACUGACUUGAUUUGUAAACUUUCACUUAAAGCACAAUAAAAAUUAUUUUAAAAAAAAAAGAGGUCUGUUUAAUGUUAAAUACCUUAACAAAUGACCCGGCUAUGGUUUCUUUCCCUCGAGAUGACUUGCUUCCCUCUCUAAUAUCCAAGAUGAUUGAUGUACAAUUUCAAUUUUUUCCUUUCUUAUUUGUGGCAUUAAGAGGCAGUCUUCCUCUAUUUGCUAACAAAGAUGUAAAAUAACAAGCACACAACAAUUCGUAUGAAUAAUAUAAAGAUGGAAGAACUUACAAGAGUGUUAAAUUGAUACUAUCACUUUGGGAAAUAAUUAUCUAGGAAAACUGAAAAAGAAAAACUUCUAUGACACAGAAAUUCCACUCCAGGAAAUACACUCUUGAGAAGCACGAAAUAGAUUCAAACUUCACUAAGCACAUUGUAGUGAAAUUUAAAGAUGGCAGAAAAACAGAAGUUCUUAAGCAACCGAAGAGGAGAAAAGAUAAAAUAUGAACAAAGGAACGACGGCUGAAUUUGCAAUAACAACAAAAGAAACUAGAAGUCAAUAAAAUAAUAUCUUCAAAUACUAAAAAUUACAACUGUCAGCAUAGAAUUAUACGUGUAGGUAAGUUAUUAUUUAAAGGUGAGGUCAAAAUAAAGACAUUUUCAGGGAGAAAAACAGAUAGCAUUUACCACUAAGAGACUAUUACUGAGAGAACUAAAGAAUCUAUUCAGGACAGCACAACCAAAGUAAAAACGAGUGUUUGGGCACAUAUGAUGGAUAUAGGCAAAUUGGUAUAUGAGUAGGUACAGGUGUGCACAUAGGUGAGAACAGAUAGAAAUAACUAUAAACCAAAAAAAAAACAAACUUGUUGGUGAUUCUUACUCAUAGUGACCCUGUAGGACAGAGUAGAGCUGCCCCAUAGAGUUUCCAAGGAGCAGCUGGCAGAUUCGAACUGGUAACCUUUUGGUUAGCUGUAUCUCUUAACCACUUUGCCACCAGGGCUCGAUAUGUGUAAAUACAAAUAUGCGGGUGCAGGCAUGUAUAUUCGUUGAAGACACAAGUACAGAUAAUCCUCAGACAUAACCAAAGACUUUCCAAGAUUGGUUUUCUGAGUCUGAAGGUUUAGGACCAUAGUCUGAUGUGACAACUCAGUCAACUGAUGUAACAUAGUUUACAAAAAUCAUUGUCUGCAUCCUACUGAAGUGAGUAACACCUGGGUCUUAAAAGUUGUAAGUAGCCACCUAAGACACAACUACGGGUCUCUACUCACCAGGAGCUAAAUAUUAAGAAGGUAACCAAAAUGUCAGAGAAGAAACCCAGUCUACACAAGCCACAAUCUCAUCUACCCUGAGACCAGAAGAACGAGAUGGUGCCUGGCUACCACCACCGACCGUUCUAACCAGGGUCAAAAGAGUUGGUCCUGAAUAGAAUGGGAGAAAAAAAUGGAGCAGAACUCAAAUUCUUAUAUGUAUUAAAUAAACGGAACAACAACAACAAAAAAGACAAACUGGAUCAGUAAAGAACAGAGGACUCCCUGAGAUUAUCACCCUGAGAUGCUUUUUAAACCUAGAACCAAGCCUAUCCCUUAUGAUCACCUUUUAGCAAAAUAUCAGGAUGGCACAUAAAAUAAAGUAUAUUAUCUGUAAGAUUGGUGGCCUAGUUAAAAACCAUUAGUACCAGACCAGGUCAACAAUUACUCGAAAGCAAGGAUGAGGAGAUAAGGGGGCAGGGAAACUAGAGCACUGGAAAGGGAGCAAACAGAACACAAUUAAAGAGGAUGCUGAUACGCUGUAAUAAACGUAACUGAACAAUUUGUGUGGAAUUUGUCAAAUGGAAACCAGACUUGCUAUGUAAACUUUCACCAAAAACUCAGUAAGAUACUAUAUAUAUACAUAAAGGAUAUCUUUAGGAAGAUGAAAAUAGAACCCAGAAAGAAGGGGAGCAGUACAAGAAACUAUGGAGAGAGAAAUUGAGUAUAAUUUUCAAACCAGUAGAAGGGAAUAAAGAAAGCACAGUCUACUAAGUAGAAGGAAGGGAUAGGAAAUUAAUAAAUAAAAGGAAUUGUAAAUGGCAAAGACAAAAUGAGAUGGAAGAAAUACAUAAAUAAUCUCUAAAAACUGUGACUGGGGUAAACUUGCCAGCUAAAAGAUAGAUUAUUAGCUACAUGCUUUUUUACAAAAAGGCAAUACUAAAACUCAAAAGACACCAAAUGGUUGGCAGCAAAAGGAGAGGAAAGAUAUACAAGGUAAAUAACCACUGAAAGAAAGCAAGUAUAGUUCUAUUACUAUUGGGGGAAAGAAAAAAAAAAAAAGACCUUAAAGUCAGAACCACUGUUAUUAGGAUAAAUAGAAUUAUUAAAUAAUGAUACUAGGAACAAUUUGAAAGAAGUUAUAACAUUCUUGAACCAACAUGCAUUUAGAAACAUAGCCUCAAAAUAUUUAAAGAAUUGACAAGCUUAUAAGGAAAAGCUGAGGAGUUUAUGACCACAAUAGAGUUUUAUACACCAAUCUCAAUAACUGAUAAAUCCAGCAGAUAAAAAAAUACUAAAAAUAUAGAAUAUUUGAACAACACACGGAACACACAAAGCACCCUAUACAUGUUAUUUUCAAGCACAAAUGGAAUCUUUCCCAGAAUGGCAGCAUAUUGUGUCAUAAUGCAAGUCUCAACAAAUAGCUAAGAGGCAGUGAUCUAUAAUCCGUGUUCUGUAAUCAGAAUACAACACAAUGGGAAAUCAAUAACUAAAGCCAAAUAUUAGCCCCCAAAUUUCAUACAUUUGAAAAUUUGAAACUGUAUCUCCAAAGAAUUUGUUGAUUAAAGAAGAAAUCAUAACUGGAGUUAGAAAAUAUUUAAAAUUGAUUAUCAGUGACAAACCUGCGUAUCAAGAUUUGUAGGACACAGCUAAAGCACUAUAGAAAGGAAGAUCUAUAAGGUUAAAUUCAAAACUCACUGAAAAAGAGAAAGAUUGACACCUAAAGACAUAAGCAGUUAACUGAGGAAGUUGGGAAAAAGACAACAUAGUAAGCCAGAAAAGCAUAAAAGAUAAAGAAAAACAAAAGCAAACGAUUCAUGAAAUAGAAAACAAAAAUGCAAUAGAGAAAACUAACAAAAGCCAAAACCUUAUUUGUAUCAAAGAUUACUAAAACAUGCCAAUCUCUGGCAAAACUGACCAGGAAAGAAGAAGUCAAUUUAUAUUAUUAGGUUUUAACUUUAGACAGUUUUAGGUAUUUUAAAAUUUUUAAGAGAAUACUGUGAACAACUUGAAUAUUGAGGAGAAUACCAUGAGUAACAAGAAUAAUUAUGAAAAUAUCAAACUGGCAAUUUCCUAGAAAAAAAUUUUUUUAACUUGCCCAAACUGACCUGAGAAGAUGUGGGAAGCCUAAGCAGCUUAAUGAAAUUGAAAUUGUACGCAAAAAUUCGCAACCCUCACCCCUAAAAAAUCAACUCCAGAAGGUUUCAGAGGUGAGUUAAUAAAACCUUCAAGGAAUAGAAAAUCCACUUGUUAUAAACUUUCAUAGAAUCAAAGGGGGAAGCUAUUUGACUAAUUCUACAAGGGCACUAUAACCUUUAUAUCAAAACAAGACAAGACAGCGCAAGUAAGAAAAAUUAUAGGUCAAUCUCACUUUGAAUGUAUAUGCAAAAAUCCCAAAUAAUAUGUUGUUAUUAUUUUAUUGUUGUUAGGUACCAUUGAGUCAGUUCUAAAGGAUAGCAACCUAUGUACUGUCGUUGUUAGGUGCGGUUGAGUCGGUUGCGACUCAUAGCGACCCUAUGCAGAACAGAACGAAACACUUCUUUUGUCUUCCUUCUUCAUUGCUCAGCUUUCGCAUACAUAUGAGGCAAUUGAAACAUAGUAUGUUUUGAGGAGUCUUUGGUUCCUGCCUGCAAAUUUUUCCACAUGGAAACUUUACGAUGGUAUCUGAAAUUCCUACAUUAAGUCUUUUUGUUGGAUUCAAAAGAAAGGCAGAUAUUGGCAACUUAACUGCAACCAUUGACACCUCAGUUUUGAUAAGCUCCCCUCUACCGCCACUAUCUUGCAGAUUGCAAGAUCAAAAUAAGUUUUCAGGCAGAGAAGGCAAGUCCAUAGAAUAGGGCACUUGACAGUAAAGAUGAGAACACAGUAGAUCUGAGACGGCAUUGUUCUAACCUGAGGGGCUUUGAUGAAAAAUUAAGAAAUUUCUCUACAACUUAGAUGCAAAUUAGGAGACAAGUCAACAGCACGUGCGUGUACUAACAUGUGUGUGCAGAAGGGAACAGAUUACUAAAUACAAUGUGUUUGUAUUAAAUGGGACAGUGGUUAUAGUUAGAAUUUAAAAGUCCUGUAUUGAUAUAAAAUAUUCCAACCAACACAAUGACACUUACACAGUGCUUCAAUCAGCCCACUAUUUGUUCUAGUUCAAUUGACAAUAAACUGUGUUUAUCUCUAUUGUAACUGUUAUUUUCCUCAAUACUGCUUGUUUUCCUAAUUGUAGAUUUCUUUCCUGUUUGUGCUUAUUAUUUCCUGUAUCAAGCGUGAGUUUAUUCCAGCUGUCAAUUACACAAUUUCACUUCAUUGCAAGGAGGCUUUGCAUUUGAUGAUGAAUUCUAUAGCCUGGAAAAUUUCCUGGCUUCCGUCCUGAUUAUAGUUAAGUAUUAUCAAUCUUGGCAAUUUAAUGAAAUGCAUCUUCCCUAAUUUGUUCAUUUCCAAAAAGAAAGACAUAGGGGAAUUGCUUAAUUAUAUUUGCCAUGUGCUCAGAUGAUCCGAUAAAGACACUAGGUGUGUUAGAUAGUAAUAAUAGCCAAAUAAUAUAAAAUGACACACACUGUACAAAAAUUUCUAGGGUUGAUUGCUAUUUGUAGCCUUUCCUACUUUUUAUUUCUAGUCUUCCUUCUCAGCCUUACCUCUCCAGCUGCUAUUUUAUAGUGAUUUCACUUUUUAUGCAUUGAUUUCUUUGUGUUUGGUGCUAAGUAAAAUUUUUAGUUAGGCACAGCUUGAUCUCAAACCUUUCCCAUCUUUACUUUUAACAUUGUUCUUCCCCAUGCUAACCCUCUAUCCCCCAAGAGAACAGUGCCCUCCAAACACUCCCACGCUCUCCUUUGUUCCACUGCUCCCUUCAAAAUAAAUAAUAAAUAAAUAAAUUACGAUAACAGCAGCAGCAGCAGUAACACUGCACUAAGUACUUCUGUACAUUAUUUUAUUAUUCCUCAUGACAAGCUUAGGUCCUACUAUUAGGUUCAGUUUUAUACAUCAGGAAACCAUGACUCAAAGAAAUGAAAAAAUUCAUCUGAACUCAUGCAGCUAGUGAGAAAUGAAACAGAGAUUUGAAUGCAAGUCCAUUGACAUCAGAGCCUGAGCUCUGAACCACAAUGGUAAACAAUGAGGAGUCAAUACAACAUGAGAGUGAAGGCCCUAGGUUGGAGUCAGAUGACUCUGCUGUGUAAUCUGAGGCAGGUAGUAGGGUUUUUUGCUCCUCAAUUUCAUCAUACCCUAUGUAUUCAUAGAAUAGGGAUCAGCUAUUUAAGUAGAUCUGUGGUGCUAUGGAUCGUUUUUGAAUGGCCUUUAUCACCAUGGUCUUGUAACUCCCACCAAUGAUUAGGUGGACUAUGCAAAUAAGAUGUUUGUAGCCCACGAAGGGGACUGGACAGCUUGCUGCUAAUGCAAAAAAGGUGCAUGGAACACUUGGUGGGGGCUGGACCAUUCAAAUAAGAUGUAUGAAGCCUUAACAAGGGGAUUGGUCAGUUUUGCCAUCCCACUAAGCUUAAAGGUGCCAGUGAAGAAUAGUGAAUAUACCAUGGACUGCCGGAAGAAUGAACAAACCUGUAUUGGAAGAAGUACAACCAGAAUGACCCUAGAAGCAAGGAUGGUGAGACUAUGUCUCACAUACUUUUGACAUGUUGUCAGGAGGGAUCAGUCUCUGGAGAAGGACAUAAUGCUUGGUUAAGUAGAGGGCCAGCAAAAAAGAGGGAGACCCUCAAUGAGAUAGAUGACACAGUGGCUGCAACAAUAGGCUGGAGCAUAACAACGAUUGUGAGGAUGGUGCAGGACCGGGCAGUGUUUCUGUUCUGUUGUACAUGGAGUCGCUAUGAGUUCUAACUCAAUGGCACCUAAUAACAACAACAACUAUAUGACCCAGCAAUUUCACUCCUAGGUAUAUACCCAAAAGGCUUAAAAGCAGGGACUCAAAAAGACACUUGUACACCAAUGUUCUUUGCAGGAUUAUUCACAAUAGCCAAAAGAUGGAAACAACCAAAGUGUUCAUCAACAGAUGAAUGGCUAAAUAAAAUGUGGUAUAUCCAUACAAUGGAAUAUUAUUCAGCCUUAAAGAGAAAUGACAUCUGAUACAUCGAAUGACAGAGAUGAACCCUGAAAACAUUAUGCAGAAUGAAAUAAAUCAGACACAAAAGGACAAAUAUUUCAUGAUCCCACUUAUCUGAAAUAUCCAGAACAGGCAAAAACAUAGAAACCAAACUGUAUUAGUGGUUACCAGGGACUGGCUGUAGGAAGGAAUGAAAGUUAUUGCUGAAGGAGUACUGAGUUUCUGUUUGGGUAAUGAAAAACCUUUGAAAACAGAUGGUGCUGAUGGUGAUACAACACGGUGACAGUAAUUAACGUCACAGAAUGGUACACUGAAAAAUGGUUCAAUGGCAAUUUUUUGUCAUAUGCGUAUUUUUUCUCCACAAUAAUUUUUUUUUUUUUAAGAGUAAAAAGAAAUGCCAAGACGAGAACUCUGCCCCAGGUCAGUAGGAAUUUCAGGAAGAAGAACAAGAUUUUUGUAUAUGAAAAAAUGAUCAGGUAUAAUAGCCUUAAACCAGGUAUAUCAUAUGGAGGGGUUUCAGAGCAGGGUCUUAGAAUUAAGUUCCAGUAACAUGUUUUUUUUGCAGGCUUGAGUGAUGGUGCUUGAUAUCUUCACUCACUUACUGAGUGGGAUUUGAAAUGUUUUCCACCAACACUAAGGGAGGCUGAAGGACUUAACAAUGGUCAAUUGUUCUAGGUAGCAUAAAGGCAAGGGCCAAAAAGAAGUACCAGCUGUAUUACGUUGGUACUCAGCAGAUUCUAUUAUGCAGGGAUGGGAAGGGAAAGCCACAGUCAUUUGCCUACACAUUCAUCUCCUUGGUGCAAGUGGGUAUUGUUCUGUACCCCGUGGCAGGAUUAGAAAUACCGCUGGGAAACCAGUAUACAGAGUUGUUACGGAAACCAGAAUGCGUCAGCUCAGUUAUUUACAGAGAACUUUCAGGGUUACCACAUUCAAUAAAAUCAACUCUGUUUUGUGUCACCCGGUACCACUGCAUCUGAUCAAAUACCUAUUUCGAAAAGUCCUUCGAUUAGCUGUACUUGAUUGAAUAGACUCAAGUCACUCAGUGGUGGGCACAUCACAAAAGUGUAAUUUCUCUGUGGCAUUCUUGUGCUACAUGUUUGAACCUUGUUUGCACUUGCCUCAACCAGUAUCAAGUUUGCUGGUUUCCGUGAUAUAGGAACAAGGUGGCUGUUGGUUGACUCCUGCCUUAUGCAAAGAAACGUUUGCUACAACAGAGCUCCUGCUGUCCGUGUUGCCGGACGCUGUGAUGCUGCUGGACUUGUCUCCUCACAUGCUUUCACUUCACCUUCGGCAGUGACUGUGACGGCGUCUCUGGCUGUCAUUUUCGUCCUUGAAUUGGAAUAUUUCCAUCUAUCCAUCAGCACCUUCGAAAAAAGAAUUUUUUGAGAAGGCAAUCCCAAAAUGAGGAUUUUCAUAGCCUUUGAGGGAUCUUUUGAGCCGUUUGAUGUUUCUCCAGAUGAAACUGUGGAGGCUGUCAAGCUGAUGAUAAAGGAUUAUUUCCACAUUCCUCUCUCUGAAGACAAGCAAGGCAGGCGGUAUCUGGAGUUGAUGUAUGCUGGAGCAGCCCUAAAAGACAGCUGGAGUAUUGCUGAUGUUGGGGUAUCUUUUUGUUCAACUCUCAAAUGCUUUGUGAAGGAAGAAGACAAGCCAGCUCUCUAUGUGUUCAAUGCUGUAACACAAGAGACAAUGCCGAUAAUGGAGAACAUCUCUCUUCUUGGUAAAAAAGUGUCUGAUCUGAGAACACUGCUGACUCUGAGAUGUGGCUUCCCCGUGAGUGUCUACUGCCUCCGGACCCCUCAGGGACUGGAGAUGUACGACUGUAACACCCUCAGGGACUACCAGACAGAAAUCGGCACGACGCUUCGCUUGGACGUCUGGGAUGGAUGGAAGGAAUUUCUCGUGGGUUGUCUCCUAGGACAAAAACUUAAGGUCCAACGCUACUUAUCAGAAGAAGGACCAGUACUCAAGUACCAGAGAAGGGUGGCCCUGUACAUCGCCGCCUUUUAUGGGCACGCCGAGCUCACCGAAUGGGCCCUGAAGCAGGGUGUGCGGCCCAACGAGGCGGUCGGUGUUCACCCCUACCGAGCAUGGUGCCACGAAGCCCUUCACGCAGAUGUCUCGAAAUGCCCCGUUCAUGCAGCUGCAGAAUCGGGCCAGCUGUUGAUUCUGAAGGCCUUUGUCAACUGCUGCGCGCUGUGCCUGGAAUGCAAAAAUGCCGCAGGACAAACCCCCCUGACCAUCGCACUCAAACACAAGCAUAAGGACUGUGUAUUAUACUUGCUGACUAAAACGUGGUCCACAGUCUCUUUUCCCAAAGUUUCGAUCCCCAUGAGAAUUUAUAUCAAAAUAAAACAAUGGGUCCUGAGAGCUCAAGGUCACGGCCUUAACAAAAGCCAGCUUUACGGAACCAGAGUCUCCGGGGCAAGAGUUGGAGACACCGUGAUGGUGGAUGGUUUCUCCAAACCAAAAAUGACCUCCCAAAGCUGGCACAAGUGCGGGGACAAGGACCCACAAAACAGGCUGUGCAAGUUACCCCCUCUCGGGGGGCAAAGGGCGAGCAGGAAAGCUGCGAAUCCUUUGGCAACUUCACAGCAGAGCAGAAGAGAAGAAACCCCCGUGUUUCCCCCACUGGUAGAUGCAAAUAAGUUCUCUGAAUUACAAAGACAUCAAGAAAAAAAUCAGAAAAAAACUACUGACACAGUGAGAAACAAAGAAAAGUUGAUAAGAAAUGUGUAUCUCCCUCAAGUUCCCCUCCCUCCCGUGUCAAAAGUGGGGUAUUCACACCCAUCCUAUUACUAUGCAACACCUGGGGCCGUCUUUUUGCUAAGGUCCUCCUUCACGUCUUUCUCUGAGCACAGCGGGAAGACUCCAAGGGAGAAUGCAAUCUACUGCUUAGCUGUGGCAAGUGCCUUUAAAGAGAAACCCUGGCUUCAGCAGUUAGGCAUAGCAAGAGUCCUGGCCAAAAAGAGCAUUUCCAACCUGACUACCCAAAAAGGUCUGACACCACGUGGAAAUUCUCUGGAAAACUUGCUUUGAAAAGUUACAACAAAGACUUUGGGCAAAGAUUCGGCCAAAUAUGACGGCAAACCGGGAGUUCUAAUACUAACAAUUCUAAUGCUAUGUGACUAUCGGCAGGUUGUUUUGUGUCUAAAUGCGUGUUUUCUCAGACUCCAUUGCUGUGAGUAAAAAACUUAGGGCAAUUUUUUUUUGCUUAAAAAGUUUGAGGAAGAAUACAUAUAAGAAACUGAGAGUAGUAGUUGCCUGUGGGGUGGGGGAACUCAGCAGAUGAGGAACAAGGAUGGGAGUAAGAAUUUUCAGUUUCUCUUUUUUUGUUUUCCUGAGUUUGUUUUAAUUUUUUAACUUAUGAAUGUAGUACAUAAUGAAAAGUAAAUAAAAAAAAAUCUAUGUAGGGAAAGUCUUUAAGAGAGUUAUAAAUACCAUCUAGGUCUAGUACUGGUCAGAUAUCUGUUUGAACCUCUGCUAAAACAUUGCUUUCCAUUAACUUUUUUUAAUUGAGGUAAAUUUUACAUACAGUGAUUUAUACUGACCUUAAGUGUUUUUUUUUUUUUAAGUGUAAAAUUCAAUGAGCUUGACGCAUACAUGCAUCUGUAUGACCAAUCAAGACGCAGAGCACUUCCAUUAUCCCAAAAAGUUCCUUCAAGUUCCGGUCCAGUCAAUCCCAACCCCCUAUUGGUAACCGCUCUUGUGAUUUCUAUCGCCAUGGACAAGUGUUCCCUGUUUUUGAACUCCAAGUCAAGGAAUCUUACAGUUGUUCACUUUUGCUUCUGGGCUCUUUUGCUCAACCUAAUGUCUUGAGAUUCCAUCAUGUUGCUGGUUGUAUCACUAGUUCAUUUUGUUUUUGUUGCUCUGUCGUAUUUCAUUGUAUGGAUGCGCUUCAAUUUGCUUACCUAUUUCAGCGGCAUGGAGACUUGGGUUUUUGGGGUAUUAUGAAAAAGCUACUAUGAACAUUAUUGUUAGGGUCUUUUUAUGGACAUAUGUUUUCAUUUCUUUUGUGUAAAUACCCAGGAGCAGAUUUGCUGGAUUAUACAGUAAAUACACAUUUAACAUUAUCAGAAACUACCUAACGAGGGGGACCAGACCCUGGAGAAGGACAUCAUGCUUGGUAGAGGGGUCAGUGAAAAAGAGAUGAAUUGACGUAGUGCCUGCAACAAUGGGCUCAAGCAUAGCAAGGAUUGUGAGGAUGGCUCAGGACUGGGCAGUAUCUCGUUCUGUUGUACACGAGGUCGCUAUGAGUCAGAAGCGAACUGAAGGCACCUAAGAAUCACACUCUGGGUGCUGGCUACGUAAACCAAAACCAAACCCAUUGCCAUUGAGUCAAUCCUGACUCAUAGGGACCCUAUAGGACAGAGUAGAACUGCCCCAUUGGAUUUCCAAGGAGUGGCUGGCAGAUUAUGUACAAAUUGCUAAAAUGCAACAAGGAUUGUAUUUUUUAUCUGUACCCUUUUCUGUAUGCAUUUUGUAACCCAAAAAACAACACAAAAAGAAUGAAAAGAAAACAUGCUCAGGAGCUAACUCCUGCACUGGCGCCAGCCUUGGGCUCUUUCAGGAGGGGUUGGU